GCAGAUAAAGCAGUCAACGCGAACAUCGCGAUGUCGUUUACGGCUUCUAGUCCGCCCUACCAUCCACGACUGUCAUCACACCGUACGCACCUCAACAUUGGUCACAUUCCAUCCUACCAUGGGUCUCUCCUUGUGGCUCGUACCAUCCUCGUCGCAGGCCACAACGCUCUCGUCUCUUCAGCAACAUCUAUCAUCCCUGCCCGGUCCCCGCACCAGCGCACCCUUUGAACCUCACGUCACGCUCCUUUCGGGUGUGGGUCAACAGGCAGACGAUGCUGACUCGGUGUGGGACAAAUUGCAAGGAUCUAUCAAAGUUACACGAAAGCAUGACAACGUCGUCGACUUUGCAUGUCCAAUCGUCGAUGCAGUGACUCGCGGCAUGUACUUUCAGUGCGUACUAUUACAGCUCGACAUUCCCGAAUCGCUUCUGCGACUCAAUCGCGAUCUGGCAAAAGCAUUUGAUAAGCCACAAUCUCCCCCCUACUUUCCCCACGCCUCCCUCCUAUACGGCGACAUGACGCUAGACCAAGCAGAGUCGCACAUCGCACAACUGCGCGAAAGCGGUUGGGUCUCAAACGGCGCAAACGCCCAUGCCAGUGCUUGUUCUGUUGGAGGUCCACAAGUCGCAAAAGAGGAUCGUUUGACACACUUGCAACUUGUCAGCAUCGAGCUGUGGGACACCAACGGACCCGUGCAAGAUUGGAAGAGAUUAAGAAGUGCACAGAUCGACAGCUUGUAUGCAUGAAAUGAGGACAAUCUCGAGUGCACUGGGGCUGUGUGCAGGUGUUAUGAUACAUCGAGUGGUGAACUUCAAGCCUUGCAUCGUGCCAAGUCUAUCAACCCAAAACCAAAGCUGGCAUUCAGACCCACUUAUCUCUAGAGGAUGACGAGCUCUCUCUAGGCCCAAAGUCGUCUCUACGCCCACGUGGAAAACGUCGUGACCCAAGGUCAUCCCUGCGCUGGCCAGAUCGCUGAAACGAGCCAGACUGUCCUCCGGCAACCGCGUCAUUCUUGCGAUCCUGCUCCCUUUUUUGCUCCAACGCUGCCAAACGUCUGCUCCUGGCAUACUUGAUAGCUUCCAAAGUCCACGCGAUCGCAUUCUCCGUCCUGACCUUGAUCUCGAGCGUCUGCUCGGCAUAAGGGAAGGCAAGAGGAAAGCGGAAGUGCAGCCAGGAGUACAGGGUGACGCAUCGAUGCAGGGACUCCAAG